AUGGCUGUCUCAUCUAGCCAUUCGAUUCGUACGUGUUUUCAGAUCAAACCCAAGAGCCAACGUUUUGGUUUGGAGAAGAGGGUGUUUGGAUUACCAGUUUUGCAACAUGGGGUUGUUUGUGUUGGGAAGAAACUCAGGGCUAAAGUUGGGGCUAAAGUUGAGGCAGUACAAGUGGGUUUGGAGGGGCCGGAGACUUUGACUGAUCUCAAGGGUUUAGGGAGGGCUUUGGGGCUUGAUGUGGUAUCGGAGAUGGAGCUGAGGGAGAAGGGUUUCUUGGGGUUGAGGAAGACUAAGCUUGUGUGCACAAUUGGGCCGGCGUGUGAUUCUUUGGAGGAUUUGGAGAAAUUGGUGUUGGGUGGGAUGAAUGUGGCGAGGCUCAAUAUGUGUCACAAUACUAGGGAGUGGCAUCGUGAUGUGAUUCGGAAGAUUAAGAAGUUGAAUGAGGAAAAGGGGUAUUCGGUUUCGAUCAUGAUUGAUACUGAAGGGAGUCAGAUUCAUGUUGUUGAUCAUGGAGAGCCAACCUCUCUCAAAGUUCAGGAGGAUUCAAUUUGGCUAUUCACCCCUGAAAAAUUUGAGGGUUCUCUUCCAUUCACAGUUCAAGCAAAGUAUGAAGGUUUUUCUGAAGGCAUUAAAGUGGGUGAUGAACUUCUCAUUGAUGGUGGAAUGGCCCGCUUUAAAGUCAUUGAAAGGAUUGGAAGUGAUCUACGUUGCCAAUGCAUAGACUCCGGUUUGUUCUUGCCUUGUGCAAAGUUCAGCUUUUGGAGAGAUGGGAAACUUGUGGAGAGGAACCAAGAGCUCCCUACUCUGUCAACAAAGGAUUGGUCUGACAUCGAAUUUGGAAUUUCUGAAGGUGUUGAUUUUAUCGCCAUGUCCUUUGUAAAUGAUGCUGAAUCUGUCAGGCAUUUGAAAGAUUACCUCACUAUCAAAUCACUCAAAUCUAUUAGAGUUUUGGCAAAGAUUGAGAGCUUGGAAGCCCUUCAGAAGCUGGAAGAAAUCAUCGAAGCUUCUGAUGGAGUCAUGAUUGCCCGGGUUGAUCUUGGAGUUGAAAUUCCACUUGAACAGAUUCCAACUGUCCAAGAGGAAAUAACUCAAAUGUGUAGGCAGCUAAACAAGCCAGUAAUUGUAGCUUCUCAACUACUUGAAUCCAUGACUGAAUACCCAACCCCAACACGUGCUGAGGUUGCAGAUGUCUCUGAAGCUGUUCGACAGUAUGCAGAUGCCUUGAUGCUAGCUGGGGAAUCAGCCAUUGGAUUAUUUGGGCAGAAGGCUCUUUCUGUCCUUCAAAUGACCAGCAGUAGAAUGGAGACAUGGAGUCGUGUUGAAAACCGCCAAGAUCUUCUGCAGCUACGGCAACUAGGAGUCUCGUUGCCUGAUCGCAUUGCUGAGCAGAUUUGCAAUUCUGCUGUCGGAAUGGCUAACAAUCUUGCUGUGGAUGCAAUUUUUGUAUACACCAAGCACGGACACAUGGCAUCACUCUUGUCACGCAACAGACCAAACCCUCCCAUAUUUGCUUUCACAAAUGAUGAGAGUACCAAAAUGGCUCUGAAUUUGCAGUGGGGAGUUACUCCACUUCUUGUUCAUCUAUCAGAUGACAUGGAGUCUAACAUCUCAAGCACAAUCAAUCUCAUAAAAUCAAAGGGUUUGGUGAAAGAUGGAGACACAGUUUUGGUGGUCUCAGAUGUCACACCAACUCGCUCUACCCCAAUGGCAGUCCAAUCAAUCCAGGUACCAGAAAUCGCAAAGACCAGUCCUAACUUGUUUACAGAUGGUCAUCCAACAUGAUGACCGCUUAGUCAAGUUUAUCUUUGGUACCCCAUUGAUUUGAGUUCAAAUUAUGGAAAGGGAUAUUCACCUUCUGUUUUACUCCCCUCUUCUCUGUUCCUUACUUCCUACGCUGUGUCCCAUGCUCCCCAUUCUCAUGUGAAA